GCAAGUAUUCGUACCCAGCACCAAUAGGCUAUAGCUAGUAGUCCAGUACUAGAAGUAUGCCAAUGCUAUAUUGGGACUCUCGGGUGGUACUAAAGAGCUGAGAGACCCGUCUCAAGAGCACGUCCGGGCAAAGCGCGUCUCCUUUUCCACUUGCCAUUGUAUUCACUUACGACCUAACCUAGACACACCACCGGAGGCAUUCCAACUACCAUUCUCCCCUAGCCUCGAACCACACGAUCGCAACCAUGACGGGGUUCGCAAACACCCAGCUUGAGCCGGUCAAGCUGAUUACUUUCGAGGAAAUGCAGGGCUGCAUGGCUGCAGUGUACGAAUGGGCCGACAGCUACGAUACCAAAGAUUGGAACCGACUGUCCAAAUGUAUCGCUCCCACCCUUCGAAUCGACUAUCGGUCCUUCUUGAACAAACUCUGGGAGGAAAUGCCAGCAGAAGAAUUCAUUAAAAUGGCUAGCGAUCCUCACGUGCUGGGGGAUCCCACCUUGAAGACACAGCACUUCAUCGGAGGCACCAAAUGGGAGAAAGUAUCCGACGACGAGAUCAUUGGACAUCACCAGCUUCGUGUCCCGCACCAGAAAUACACGGACGAAACUUGCACCACUGUCAUGGUCAAAGGUCACGCACAUUCAUACAACCACCAUUGGUACAAAAAGAUCAACGGGGUCUGGAAAUUCGCAGGUCUGAACCCCGAAAUCAGAUGGUUCGAGUACGAUUUCGACAAGGUCUUCGCAACCGGCCGAGACCAUCUCGCAGCAGAAGACGCAGCUCAAGCCGACAAGAACUUAGCAGCCCAAGCAAAAGGCAUUCCACCUGCUACCACUACGACGACGACGACGUAAACAGGCAAAGACAAGGAAGAUAUCAACUAGAAGAAUAAGAACCAGAAGAACAAAUGUAGCGGAACAUAUAUAUAGAGAGUGUGUGUGUGAGAGAGUGAGAGAGACCAUUCAUCCCCCGGUUGGUGAGCGGUGAUCUCGUUGGCCAGAUCCUUGAUCAUUGGCGUCUCCUUGAUGGUUUCGUCUGUGUUAUCGAACUCGAAUAUAAUCCGACUAAGACUCUCU